CUGCGCAUGCGCGGCGCGGGAUGGCGGCGGCGGCGGCGGCGGGGGGAACGGAGGCGGCGGCGGAAGAUGCGGGCGGUGCGGCGCCGUGUGCGGGAUCGGGCCGCGCCGCUCGGCUGCCGCUGUCCCGCGUGAAGGCGCUGGUGAAGGCGGACCCGGACGUCGGUCUGGCCAGCCAGGAAGCCGUGUUCGUGCUGGCGCGGGCCGCGGAGCUGUUCGUGGAAACCAUCGCUAAGGACGCCUUUGUGUACGCCCAGCAGGGCAAGAGGAAAACCCUGCAGAGGAAGGAUCUGGAUAACGCCAUCGAAGCUGUUGACGAGUUUGCCUUUUUGGAAGGUACUUUGGACUGAGUUGGUCAGAAAUGGAGUUCUCUGCAAAAAGGGACUGCAGGCACCAGUGUGGGGUGGCAGGCAGGAUGCCAAGGGUUGGAUGCAUUCCUGGCACUGAGACACUGAAAUGGGCAACUAUAAUACUUUGUAUAAAGUCUAAGUCAUUGUAAGUUCUUUAUUUAAAGCACGUGGUUUGUUCCUCUGUAAGUAUUUUGUAUGACUUUGAACCCCAGCCCUGCCCCUCUGAGAGAGCUCAGAUCCCGAGGCACAAACCUGAUGAUUUAUACAUAUCUGGUGGUUUAUAGAUAUAUUUUUUAAAUGGAAAUGUAUUUUUCUUUGUAUGUGUUUUGUUGGGCUUUUGUUGGUUUUUUUUACCAAUGCGAUUAAAGGCGGUGCUGUUGCUGAGUUGCUGUCCUGAGUGCUCCUCUCUGCUGCUGUGCUGCUCCCAUGGCACCAAUGUGGUUUGGCAGGGAUGCUCUCCCAUGGCAUUUUGCUUUACUGAGCAUUUCCCCAAGGUUUCUGUCUGAGGAAUCCCAGCUCUCCUCCAGGCACCACAUAUGAGCUCCAGAGAGGCCUAGGUUGUUUUUGGGGCUGUACAGCUUCCAUGCAGUUGUGUGAUGGCUGCACCUGCAAGGGAUCACAGUUGGAUAAUAAUAAAUCCCCCGUUUUGAAGGCGA